AUGGCUACCUGCGCAGAGUUCGAGUUUCAAAAGUGCGGCUUCGAAAGAGGUGUAGUGAAGGCAAAUCCAGACAUUGCAGGAAUUGGCAUCAUCCUCUCAUUUCUCGUAACAACUUCCGUCACAGUCCUUGCUGGGUUCUACCGAAUCCUCUUCGACUUCAUCACUGAAUUCUUCCUCACACCAUACCAACAGGACAUAGUCCGGUUCCCGUCGGGAGACGGCUGGCUGUGGGUCAAUCCCGGGUUCUGGGCCAGGGUCGUCGACAGGCUGCUUCUGGCACUGAACGACUCGCAGCUAUUCACCGGCACCGCCGUGCAAGUUGCCUCUCUCGUACAGCACUGCGAGAUCACCAUCUACCAUCUACGGAUCGUCGCAGAGCUGGCUUUCUUGAGCACGGUGACCCAUCUUCUAACCGUGGUGGCGAUGAGUGGAUAUUUCAUCGACAAUGCCGGAUCCAACACCCCUCGAGUGCUGGUCAUGUUGUUGAAUCUGGGCCUCCUGGGAUACACGACCUGGUUUGCCUAUCUUUACGAAGCCGCAUCGCCCUUCGACGAGUCCCUUCAGCUGGGUUGUUACUACGCGGGUUACCGACCGCCAGUCGUCGCGUCGUUCACAGUCCGCUGGACGUUGCUUUUGCUAGCUGCCGUUCUAGGGCAUUUAGUGGUGUUUCUUGCCAUGUAUUGGAAAGGCUUCCGCACCUGGAUUGCCGGCACAAGAGGUGCCGCACUGAGAUUCUUCCGGACUGCAAUACUGGUUCCCGCUUACACGAUAUACGGGCUCGUCAGUAGUUCUCGAGUAUUACGGCAAACUCAGGCACUGGGAACGCCUCCUGUUGACAUAGAGGGUAGCGAGAGGGAAUGGGGGUUUGGGCAGAUCCUCGCUCUGCUACUCCUGGCACUCAUUGUUCUCCCAGGGUGGGAUUCUUUCAUGGAGUAAGUGCAAUAACCCCUCCUCCCUUUGCAUCCCUGUAGUAAUCAUCUCCUCAGGACAAGCGCGGGCUUAAUGGAGGCACAGAGAGAACGCGAGGCACAGGGAAAGGCUUGACGGGUUUGAUUCACACCAAGUUCUCGCAUGUUGAGAAGCAGAAAGAAGGUUCCUAGCUGGGUAUUAGC